UAGAUUUGGAUUCCGUAUGUGAAGAUUACGGAUUCGAGAAUAAUAUAUAAUAUUUUAUUUUUCCUACACCAUUAUGUUCCGGCUUUUCUCGGCGAUUCUUAUUUGUGGUGUUCGGGGAAAAAAACAAAGUACCUAAAUAUAUUUUUACUUAUUUAUAUUUAUCUAUCUAAAUGUCAUAAUAUCGUGAUAGUUUAUACUUUUAGGAUAUCGAAGAUUCUUAUCAUAUAAAUAUUGUCGCUCCUUUUGAUUUUGCCAUGCAAUUGGACUUAAAGUCCGUAACUAAAAUAAAUGUUUUAACCAUAUGAUUUAAGCAAAAUGCACAUCUAAAAUAAUUCAAAUCUUUUAUAUAAGGCCUUUUUUUUUGGGGUUUAUUUUUAAAGAUAUUGAAUCGUUUUAUGUUAUAAGUUCUUACUUACUAGCGACUGCUUCUUAUACUUAUUACUAUAACUAUAAGUUGAAGAUUUAUUGAAAAUUCACAAUUCUUAUUAUAUUAGAAAUGGCGACUUUAUGAUAAGCAUCAGCUUUAUCUAUUUAGACAAUUUUAAAUGGUUAUUUUGUCAUGCUAUAUACUGUAGGUAUUUUAAAAUUCGUAUUGUUUUUUAAUUGAUAUGUAUUAGGUUAAAAAGUAUUUCAAUAUUACGAAUUAAGGUUAGGAAAAAUAUAAAUUAAUGACAAAACUCUAAAAAGUUACAAGGGACAUUAAAAAUAUUUUUUUCGUUGGUUUAUUCGGUGCAGUGCAUUAUAUUAAUACAAAAAAUAACUAUAAAUUUGUUUUAAUAGAGCGGUAAGACUGUAUAGAACACUGAAGACUAUGAUGAAAGACUUAGAAUUUUUCGUCUUCCGACAUUUUCAUUUCGAUGACACUCGUUUACAAGAGCUGAUUGCAUCGCAGAGCGAUAUGGACAAAAGAUUGUUCAACAUGGAAAUAUCCAAUAUUGUAUGGAAAGAUUAUUUUCUAAAAAGUAUUAAAGGAUUCAAACGUCAUAUUCUCAAAGAAAACGAAUAUAGCCCGGAAGCUAAACAGAGAUAUAACAAGUAAUUAUAUCUGUCUUCGUAGUUUAUAUUUCACGUAAAAAAGUAAAUUUAUUAAAACUAGGGUUUUAAAUUUUUUUUUUCAGAAUCUGGAAUGCUUAUUACACUUUAAAAACAUUUUAUUAUGGUUUUCUGAUAUAUUUGAUAAUUUUAAUAUUAAAAUAUAUCUUUUAUUAAUUUAAUUUUGUGUUUAAAAAAGAGUUAUUAAACAAUAAAGG